AUGAAGCAGCAUAAAGAACAAGCAUCACCUGCAUCUGAUAAAGGUUCGAAGAAAAGUGCAAAAGUUCAAAGAGGCCAGAAAGGAACCCCAAAAGACAAAACAACACAGAAGGGCCAGCCUAAAAAAAGGAAAAGCAGGCAAGAUGAAGACAACCCGCUCCUAACUAGAGUUUCAUCCCAUGCUGUAUGCGAUUUUGUUGGAAAACUGGAUGACGUACAAAAAAAGGUUGUCCGGAAAAUCGAUUUUGGACAUCUUCUGGAUAUCAAAUUUGAGAGGUUUGACGACACAGAUUUGUGCAGAUAUCUUUUGGAAAACUAUGACCCCCAAUUUUCACGUAUCAUAAUGCAAGAAAACCAAGUGCUGACAAUAGAUGAGGCAGAUGUGGAGGCCGUACUGGGCUUACCACGAGGUCAGUAUGAAGUCGUAGACUACAUUGAAGGAAAAACUAAUGAAGACUACACAAGGCUGGUUGAAAAAAUGAGAAUAACAUUUGGUUUAGAUAUAAACAGAGGAGGUCCAGCAGCAACUAAAGUGAUGAAUCAUCUGGUUGGUGGAAGGAUGAAAAAAAAGGCAAGGAUUCGAACCCGAAAGAUAUUACAGACCGUAUUUACGAAGAUAAGUUCAAAAGAUGGUUCAUCAUCGGAGUUGUAUCAAGUAUAUUCUGGAGAACAAGAUCACCGGAGUGCCGUUUUCAGCUGA